ACGCAAUAAACUUGCAUUCAGGAGUAGAUUUUAUCAGCAUUUCAAUUGCUAAGCGGCUAACUGAUUUUAUAAGCGUUUGGAAAAAUGUUUUAAUUCUUCAUUUCCAGAUGUUGUCCAGAGCCAUUUUUGAUCAUGAAAAAUGCAUGCAAAGCGUUUUCAAGGUACUCAAAUGGACAAAACACUGAACACAGGUUGUUCUUACCAAGCUUGUCACACAUUGUAAUGACCAAUUCACACCUCAGACCUCUCCCACCCUUGGAAACAAAAGAUAUGUUAAUGACCAUUCACACCUCAAAUUCU